AUGGAUGAUCAAGAAUUGGAUCCAACUCAAGUAAAGGAAGCUUUGAUUGACUUUGUUGUUGAUGAUUACAAGAUUGUCAAAGCACUUGGAGCUGGUAAGAUGGAGUUUUGAAAAUUUUUGAUUUUUACUUUAGGAGCAUUUGGGGCCGCUUUUGAAGCCGAACAUAUCAAAAACAAAACAAAGGCUUGUAUCAAGGUAAGGGAUGUUGUAGUAGGGUACCGUCUGGUAGUACGGUAGUAGGGUAGGAAAAGAUAAUGUAUAUUUUGGUAGGUCAGUGUAAGGAAAAGUAGGGUAAGGUAGGGUAGAGUAGGAUAAGGUAGGGUAGAGUAUUGUAGGGUAGGGUAACGUAGAGUAUGGUAGAGUAGAGUAAGGUAUAGUAAGGCAGAUCAAGGUGGUAUAGGGAACAGUACAGUCCUGUAAUAUAAAUUACAAUACAAACCAUCCCACUUAACACCUACAACCCACCAUUCCAGGUAGCAUUAGGAAGUAACAGAAACCUCCGGUUCGAAGCCGCAACGAUGCAACGACUGGUCGAUUAUCAACGAAAGCACCGUACACGUCAUUUGUGUCGUAUUUAUGAAAAUGGUGAGCUAAAUUUGGUCACGGACAAGGUUACAUUGAAAAAUGCCUACAUUACCAUGGAGUUUGCUCCAGGUAAUAUGGUCGGGCAUAUCGCUCAGUUUUAUGGCUAUGACUUCUUGAUUACUGGUUGUGACUUGGCAUUGAAGACUUUGAAUGUAAGUGCUGAUUAUAUUUAUUUUAUUUACCUUUACAUUUACAUAUACUUUGCUAUUCAUCAAAAUAAUAAGAGAAUCUAUGGCUGUAAACAAUUUUUGGCUAGCCUUAAUCAAAAAUAAUUUUCAGAUAUUAUAGAGGAGAUAUUAACCUUUAUUUCCUCCAAUUUUCAUAUUUCUAGGGACUCUACAACCUACAUUCCUUGGGCAUUAUUCAUCGUGACUUCAAAGCCGAGAACGUUGGUAUGAGAAAUGAUCGAACGCCAGUGAUCCUGGACUUUGGACUAGCCAGAAUUGUCUCGGAUCGUCAGGGAAACCUUCGAAAUGCCAGAUCUAAAGUGGCACCACGUGGAACGUCCGAGUGGGCCAGUUGGAAGUCCGAAAUGGGCUUUGAGCAGGCAUGGUUAAUAUAA